AAUGAAUUCAUUAUAUGAUGACAUAUUUCAUUUUAGUAACUAAACAAACCACCUUGAGUUUUUGAUUCCUUCACAUUACUUCGAGCUCGGGCUCAGGCAGCUGUUCGUUUCGCCACCCAUGUCUUCCGAAUUCCAAUACCCGAAUGGAGCUGGAAGCUUGCCACGAGAAGACUCCCUGAACCUCUCCGGCAGCGAAGACGACAAUGACCACGGCGGAGACUAUUCUACGCGUAUGGAGGAGCUCUUCGCCGACGACGUGCAAGACUCGAAUGGCCAUUUGGAAGACGAAUCUGACGAUGACGGGGGCUUUCUUUACACUGGAAAUGAUGCGGAUCUUUCAACGAGCUACCGAGACCAGCUCCGGAACGUCUUGGAAGACGACUCUGACGCCGAAGUUCAUGAAGUAGAAAAAUCCCUCAUGGCAGAGGAUCCUACAGAGGAGGUACCAUCAGAAGAUGAAGAACAUGACCCUCUAGAAGUUCUGUCUGACCAAACACAUUCUACACCAAUCACGACCCCUCCAAGAUUAACAUCUCCACCUCCCGCAGAUACACCUUCGAAGCUUGCGAAGCCUUUUCUCCAUCCAACAGUGUCUCGACUACGGUCAUAUACACCUCAAUCUUCCCGUGUACCAUCCAACAGUAGCCUUGGAACAAAUGCAUUACAUGCUGCUUCCCCUGCUCCUUCACAUUUCUCCUCGAUGUCACGCAUGUCCUCCGUCUCAAACUUCCACUCACCCUCAUCCGCUGGCUUCUCUGACUCUGCUGCUCCGAACGGUCUGCCCAAAGUCUCCGACCGUGAUGUCUUCAAAUGGACAGAACUCCGGAACAUUAGUAACUAUAUAUACUCUGCCUAUUCGUCCAAAGCAUCCUCUGUGCUCGGGACUGCGCUGGGCACUCCCACUGUUCUUUCGGCGAAUGGGUUGAUAUGUGUUGGGACGGACGACGGAAAGAUAUGUGUUUAUGACUUCAGGCAGACGUUGAAGUGUAUCUGUUAUAAUCCUCACGCAGGGCAACCCGUUGGCGCCGUCACUGCAUUAGCGCUAUCUCAUGAUCAUACAUACGUCGCAUCGGGUCAUUCCUCUGGAUAUAUUCAAUUAUUCGACUUGAAAGUUCCGCAGACUCCUGCUCGCAUCGUCGCACCCACAACACUCUCAGUCGUGGCUUCUGGACGUAAGGAAGGGCACAUACAAGGGUCAAGGAUUAUCAGCAUCGGCUUCGUGGCUGGAAGGCAUACCGCUCUUGUUUCUGCGGAUGACCAUGGACUCGCCUUCUACCAUAGUCUAGGCAAAGUACUCUUUGUCGAAGCGCCUGACAUCCUUCGUAUCCUAGGCAAAUAUCCCCUCGACGGACCGCUGGCUCCCGACCCAUCAUCUCCCCAACCAGAAUCUCCAAGUACCCCAGUGGGAGGGAGAAAACGCUCGCGUUAUACUAUUCUGGCUAUGAUGCCUCUUCCACUGGGUACAACAUCUCAUCCUACCGAUACAUACCAAGCUGUUGCUCUAUUGACUCCCCACAAACUCGUAGUCGUCGGUUUGAAGCCGACGCCAAAGACAUGGUUCAAAUUUGCUCGCGACGAUACAAAGUCACAAACCAGAGUUAGGUCAAGAGGUACUCUUUGCUGGUUCCCGAGUAUAUUACCCAAUACCAAUAAGGACGGGGGAUUACCACCAGUUACGGAAGAGCCCACUACACCACUACUCGCAUGUUCAUGGGGCCGCGUGAUGCACAUUCUCCGUGUAUUCGAGUCGCGUUCCAGACAGCUUGUCCGUAAUCCAAAGACAGGCAAGUCGAUCGAACAUGAAGUCGGAAGCAUUACCUACCUCAAUGCCGGGAAAUGGACAGCAGAUGAAGAUAUUCUAGCUAUUCAGUGGCUAAAUGUCAAUCAAGCAAUCGUAGUUUCUGCCUCGGCGUUGCAAGUGUACGACCUUAGUCGGACCAAGGUCAUUGAGCAAAUAUCGUUCGAUGGACUAUCAUUAAUGUCGCCGUCGCUGCGGCUCACUGUAUCAGGUGCUACUUCGUACUCUGAGUCCGUUGGUGAUGUUGCACACAGUAUACGGGUGUAUAAGGGCAAAAUCUUCAUCCUAGGGCGAGAACAAGUUCGAGUAGGCACACUCCUAACGUGGGCAGACAAAAUAUUAAGUUUUGUACAACAAGGCGACUUUCUCAGUGCGAUAGACCUCACUCGGUCCUAUUAUACUGGGGAAGCUCCAGGAAAUACUAACGGUCUCCCUGACGAUCCUCGACUUCGUAAAGAAGUCAUCGGGAAGAAGAUUUGCGAGCUGAUGACUGCCUCUGCCAACUAUGCCUUUUCUGAAGACCGAAUGACGGACGGAACGCACGACGGUCCUGACGGACGUGGAGUUGACCGAACAUCGUUGUUUGAGGGUCUCGUUUCCACAUGCGCUCGUGCUUGCAUUGCUCUGGACGACUUCGAUUUCCUUUUCGAAGACUUGUUCCAACUCUACGACGAUCAUUCCAUCUCACAAAUAUUCCUCACCCAAUUGGAGACGUUCAUCCUGAAUAACGAGAUCCAUUUUGUUCCUCCGCGUAUCACACAGCGACUAGUGGCAAUGCAUGACAAUAAUUCCCGGCCUGAUCUGGUCGAGCGUAUCAUCUGGCACAUAGAUGCAGAAUGUUUGGAUAGCAAUCAGGCUGUACAAAUAUGUCAAGCUCACCAUCUGUACGAUGCUCUUAUUUAUGUUUAUACCCGCGCAUUGCGGGACUAUGUUGCCCCUGUGGUAGAACUUCUAGGCUUGAUUCGAAAGGUGAAUCAAUACCGACGGCACAUCGCAGAAUACACAGAGUCGUCGAUGUCAGAUAUGGAGCCGGUUAUCCUGAAUGCCUACAAGAUAUACCCCUAUCUCGCAAACAUAUUAUCGGGUCUUACUUAUCCUAGUGAACAGCCUCUCGGGGAGGAAGAAGCACUACAAGCCAAAAGGGAUGUUUACACCUUCCUAUUCUUUGGUCGAUCGAGUGUUUGGCCUGAAGGCGGUGGAGGGAAGUUGGUUCUCACAGCCGACGAGGAAGGUGGUUUGGAGCCCACUUAUCCUUAUGUCCAACAAUUACUACGAUAUGAUGCCGAAUCAUUCUUGCAUUCACUGGAUAUCGCUUUUGAGGAUGCAUAUCUGAACGAAAAAUCACCAGCAGUAGAUCGUUUGGUUGUUGUCCGCAUCUUGAUGGACAUAGUAGCCACCGGUAGCCUAACUCAGACCGACAAAACCUUCGUACAUAUCUUUAUCGCCCGAAACAUACCUAAAUACCCGCAAUUUCUCCAAGAGGCUAUCCCGUUUUCGACUCUCCAUAAAAUCCUUGUCUCUCUCGCGGAGGAUCCUGAUCCCGAUACAAGGGAAGAUCGCCAAUUGGCAGCAGAAUACCUACUUUCGGCUUACAACCCACAUAAUGUUCCACACAUGACGGAGCUUUUUAGGAAGGCUGGGUUUUUCAGAAUUCUGCGAGGGUGGCACCGGCAAGACAAGCAAUGGGGGCCUUUGCUUCUGACGUUUUUACAGGAUCCUACACUCCCUUCUUUCGAGAUGUUCCAAGAUCUGGACGAAGUCCUUCAUUCAUCUACUCGUUCGUCUUCCAACACCCUUCCCCAAGAGCUGGUUGUCAUAAUACAAGAUGCUCUACCUUCGUUGAUACGGAAAAGUCCAUCCAACACCGCACUGUUGAUCGACAAACACAUUCCAUCCCUGCACGAUCAAGCAAUAGAUUCUUUGGCAGAGAGUAGUGAUGAAGAUCGAUUCAUGUAUCUCCAUUGCCUUCUGGGGCCACCUGAAGAGGAGGAAUACGCUCACGCUCACCAUCCCUCCCGCAACCUUUCGCUGCCGCUUCGUCAGCUAUACAUAACGUUGCAGUGUCGGUUCCACCCAGAAAACGUCAUUCCCAUCAUGCAAUAUCUACCACCUGACAUACUAGAUUGGGAUCAUGCCAUUACAACUUGUGAGACUAAUAAGGUUUUCGACGCAGCAAUCUGGGCGUUAAACCGACAGGGGAAGCCUCUGGAAGCGCUUGCGAAAGCUGAUGCAUUUGACCAAAGCCUUUCACUAGAGCUCAUCAAUAUCUUCCAGGCUGCUCCAGAUCAAGUGUCCAUUGCUGAUGUUGGUUCCACUUUACGAAGCUUGGAAUCGAUUGGGCGAACUGGAAUCUCUAUGUGUAUCGAGCAAUCCCAAGAUCCUUCAGCAAUGGACAUACCCCUCGAAGAUAUCUGGUUCAAACUUCUUCACAGUCAAAUCAACUGCGUACAAACGAUAACAGGCUCCUCCUCCCCUGAAGCGUUAGCUGCGGAUAUACAUACUUCCUUUACCAGUGCGAUUGUACAGUCCGAGUGGAGGGCACUUUCCACUCUCCGAUCUCUAGUUCAAGAAACCUUUAGCGCUCUUGUAUCGGUUACAACCACCCGCGCAGUAUCUUUCCCGCGACUCUUCAAUCGACUUGUGAAUGCUGCUACGCAUUCACAGGUAACAACCGGUACACAAUACACUGAGUUUCGCAGUAUCCUCACCGGAAUGCUGGAGUCCUACCGUUCAGAUGGCGAUAUGCUUAUAAUCACCAAACAUCUCCUAGAUAGAGACCUAUUCGAGACGUUGGAAGAUGCAACGCGGGAGCGUGUACGCGGUUGGACCCCUUCUAGAAUCACCGACUGUUCCAUUUGUCGCAAGCCUUUAUUGAAGCGGUCUAAGGGUCAGCCUGAUACGGGUGGUGUUUCCCUCGACCAGAGAAUUGUCGUGUCUCGGACAGGCUCUAUUUAUCAUAAUCGAUGUUCUAGUUCUUAGUAUUAUAUGUGACCUUAGUAGUAGUAGUUAUGACCUAAAAGUAUGUAAACGAUGAUCUCUGGAUGGAUUGUCGUAAAAAAUAGGAAUCGCGCGAAGGUAUAACAAUUUCAGCGGGUAUAUUGACAUUUCAUCACAUAGAGGCAAUGCUAUCAAAGCCUAUUACGAAGUUUCUGGAG